UGUGUGUGUGUGUGUGUGUGUAUGUGUGUGUCUCUCUGUGUGUGUGUGUGUGUGUGUGUGUGUGUGUGUGUGUGUGUGUGUGAUCUCAAUCCUCUCAGCUGACUCGGCUUUAAGCUGAAAGUGUUCUAUAACUGAACGUCACACACUUUCUCUCAGCAGCUCUAGAAGCUGGACUUUAGUAUUUUAACACGAAUAAGACACAAAUAAAUGGAUUUAAUGAGGAAAUAUUCUACUGAAUCUCUUCAACACACACUUUAAUGGAUUUUAAAACAACUUUUUAUUUCUUUAUUUUAUCAUUAUGUCUGUAUUCCUUUCAUGGAGGUUUUAUCGCAACCAAAGGACAGAAUCAGCAGCCUCAUGAUUUCAGAUCAUUAGUCGUAUGUGAAGGCUUUCAGAAAACUCAAAGAUGAUGGACUCUGACGUUUCAGCUGAGAGCCCAGACUCCUAUGAGAACGUUUUCUGCAACCCAGUUUUCCAGCUCGAUGAAGAAAAUGAUGAAACCGAAGGUGAUUAUAAUGUUGACGUGUACCUCGACGCUCCUGAAGCGCCAGCAGCAGGUGGAUGUGCUCCGGACUCGUUCAGAGCCGCUCCUCAUCCGGUGCUCCCUGCGUCUGAAGGCCGUCUGUCGGGUCGUGGAGCUCUGCUCUCGGCGGCCGCUCUGCUGUUGAUUGCGGCUGGGCUUUGCAUCGUCCUGCUCCUCGUUCUCAGACACGUGAAGUCUAAUACAGGAGAGAGUUUUCUGUUAGAGGGAUCUUCACACAACCGGUCCGCUCCUCAGCCCACGAACACCUCCACAGCCUCGCCGCCCGGGAACCAGCACACCCGCUUUACAAGCUGCGGCGGGCUCCUGACGGGCCCCUGGGGCACGCUCGCCUCUCCCAAUCACCCCGGCCCCUAUCCUCCAGACUCUCACUGCGUGUGGCUGAUCCGGCUGACUCCUCCGCUCCUCGUCCAGAUCCACGUGUCCUCUCUGGCCGUCGAGGGACCCUCUCCGUGUUUGUUCGACUGGCUGGAGGUCCGAGAGGAGACGGGCAAGACGGCUGCGGUCACGAGGUUCUGCGGCAGCGUGGCUCCUGCGACUCUGAACACAAACAGCAGCUCUGUUCUGGUCUCCUUUCAUUCUGACGCCAGCAUCGGCGGCGGCGGCUUCAGCGCUCAGUACCUCUCCGUGUUACCAGGACAGAAGAGCUGUUCCAGAGAAGAGUUCCUGUGUGACGCCGGACGCUGUCUGCUGCCCGUGUCUGUUUGUGACGGUCAGCCGAACUGUCAGGACCGCUCAGAUGAAGAGCACUGCGGACAGAAACACAAGGAGUGUGGAGGAAAGUUUAGAGGAGAGUCUGGAUCACUGUCCAGCCCCAACCAUCCAAAGCCUUACCCUCAUCAACAGUUGUGUACGUGGCACAUCUCAGUGGAAGACGGACACGUGGUCAGACUGAGUUUUCAGAACUUCAGCCUGGAAGCUCAGGAUGUGUGUGAGUUUGAUUAUGUGGAGGUUUACGACGGCACAGACGCAGACUCGGACUCUGUGCUGGGCAGGUUCUGUGGGCCGGCUCCGCCUCCUGACCUCACUUCCUCAGGUCCUGUGAUGACCGUGCUGUUUGUGGCAGAUGAAGGUGUUGCAGACAGUGGUUUCCAUGCGUCGUUCAGGGCCGUGUCUCCUUCAGAAAGAACCUGCGGCCCAGCGGAGUUUGUGUGCGGCUCCGGGGAGUGUCUGCACCGGGACUGGCUGUGUGACGGAUGGAGCGACUGCGCAGACGCCGCAGACGAGCAGCACUGCAUCAACUCCACCUACCCUCCCUUCACUUCGUCGUGUGAACCCGUCCAGGUGGAGAUGUGCCGAGGGCUGAGCUAUAACCUCACGUCCUUUCCCAACAUCUGGCUGUCUAUUUCUGACCAGAGAGAAGCCGCUUCUCUUCUGCACAAGUACAGGGUGCUGAUGGAGAUCGGCUGCUUCCAGUCCCUGCGCCGGCUGCUGUGUGGUGUGUUUGUUCCUCAGUGCAGCGCUCAGAGCGGAGUCCUGCAGCCGUGUCAGUCCGUCUGCUCCAGCGCCGAGCAGCAGUGCGCUCAAACCCUGACCCCGCUCGGCCUGAGCUGGCCCUUCAGCUGCCACCUGCUGCCCGCUUCACACGACCCAGCCGAGUGCUCGCUGCCUUAGCCCUGACCAGAGGACUGACCAGAGGACUGACCAGAGGACUGACCGCAGAACUGCUGAAACCACCACUAAAAACAGCCAGAGCUGAUGAGAACAAACUUACACACAUGGAAACAAAACACUGACACACACACACACACUCUCUCUCUCUCACACACACACACACACACUCUCUCACACACACACACACACACACUCUCUCUC